CCCCCCCCAACACGCACACGCACACUCACCCCUCCUCCUCCUCCUCCUCCUCCUCCUCCUCCUCCGCUUCCUCCUUCCUCUCCCUCCCGCGCUCGCUCUGACAGGAAAAGGCGCCUCUCGUCCUGAGUCUCUCUAGGAAGACGCCUCCCUCCUCGGUGGACUUCCGCCCGGGCUCAACAUGGCAGCCGCGGGCACGAUGCCCAGAGAGGGGCGGGGCUUCUCGGCCGUCGAACGGAGCUCUAGACAGAGAGAGACGCUCCUCCUUUCUUUUCUUCCCAACGCCCAGGGUCCGCCAAUGGGCAUCCGCCUCCCUCCCUGACGUCAUCCGUCUCCGGGCAGAAUCUCCCCCGGCCCUUUCCUUCGCCGUUCCGCCAUGAACGGCCAUUCCCGGGACCUGAGGGCCAAUCUUGACCUCAGCUUGAAGGGUGGAAAGAACAUUGGAUGCCAAAAGGAAAGAGGAAAUGUGAUUUUGGGCUGAGAAUUUUGGAGUAGAGCCUGUGGAGGGAUUUCCUUCCCUUGAAAGAAAGAAGAGGAGGAAAAACAUCUUGGAUACGGUUGGGUUCUUCACCAGAGUGGUUCCAACAUGGAGAGACCCAACUCACGUGGGCCUGAAGCAGGACCUGGGGGCAGUGGGGAAUCCUGGGAAAGAACCAGACAUGAGUCCCUGAGUGUGGACCUUGACAGCUCGGACACACAGCGCCAGCGCUUCAGGCAGUCCUCCUACCAAGAGGGUGAAGGACCCAGAGGGGUUUGCAGUCGUCUCCACGAUCUGUGCCGCCAGUGGCUGAAGCCAGAGCAGCACACCAAGGCCGAGGUGCUGGACCUGGUGACCCUGGAGCAGUUCCUGAGCAUCCUGCCCCCAGAGAUGGGGAGCUGGGUCCGAGAGUGUGGGGCAGAGACCUGUUCCCAGGCGGUGGCCCUGGCGGAAGGCUUCCUCCUGAGUCGGGCCGAGGACAAGGAGCAGGAAGGACAGGUGAGAGCAUUCCCUCUGGGUUUCACUAACCUGGGGACUGAUGGACAGGUUGAACGUACAUCCUGCCUUUCUUCCAAGAUGGGACCGAUGUGCUCUUCCAGGCCCAUAAUAAUAACUCCAUGGAAGUCCCUGCACCAGAGGAAUCUCCACCAGACACCACCCAGAGUCUCAGGCAGAAGGAGCUGAAGCGGGAAGGAGACGGGGCUGCCGCCUUGCCGGGUGAGAAGGAACUCUUCUGGGAGUUUUGGGGUUUUGUGCCAGUGGAAAUCCCGCUUUGGGGAAUUUACACAGUUUGAGCUUCAGAAGGUGAACAUUUUGGGUCAUUGAGAUUGGUAUAUAUCUUAAACUUAUGUACCUAUGUACUUUGAUAAGUAUUUUAUAGAAAUGUAGUUUUAAUGUGGAUCUUUUAUAGAAAUAUUUAUUUAUUAUUUAAUUUAUAUACUGAUCUUCUCCCCAAGGGGGACCCAGAGCAGUCUUACACAAUGGCAGAAUUAAAUGCCACAUAUAAUACAACAUGCAAAAAAAAAACCCAAACAUAAAAGAAAAAUAAAAUCUGGUAUCCAAAUCAAAUUAAAACAAUUAAAACCAUGUGACCAUUACAACGGGGGAAGUUUUGAGCCAAAGUCAGAGCCCUAAUAUGCAUCUUUGUUGAAUUUUGGCAAUGUUCGUAUUUUUAAAAUUGUGUUGUAACCCGCCACAAACUGCAAGGAGAGGCAAAUAAGAAAUAAAAUUAUUGUUGUUGUUUUGUU